AUGACCGUCCCAUACCCGUUCAAGUUCAGCACUCCCGACCGACCAACCUCAUCCUCUAAUGGAGAAACCACCUCCAUAUCCGUCACGCUCGAGAAUGUCCGUGGGAGAAUCCCAAGCGCACAAGCCUCUCGCCUUCGGACGAUGAUGCUCGAAGCUCACAACGACCCCAACAAGAUCAUCGCCCAUGCCUGCAGCUACGACGGACUCUCCUCGCGCUUAGUCGAAGAGGCAGGGUUCCCAAUUAUCUUCCUCGCUGGGUACGCCGUGGCAAGUGGCUUUGGGCUACCAGAUACCGGAUAUAUUGCAAUGGAGGACAUGUGCAGGAAGAUUCAAGAGGUAGUGCGUGUGACUAGCAUCCCCGUCAUGGCGGAUGGUGAUACCGGCUACGGAAGCCCGAUGAAUGUCAAGCGGACUGUCGAAUGCUUUGCCGCGGCUGGUGCGGCUGGUAUUAUGAUUGAGGAUCAGACGUGGCCGAAGCGUUGCGGCCAUACAAAGGGCAAAUCUGUUGUCUCUCGGGGUGAAGCGUACGCCCGUGUUCAAGCCGCUUGUGAUGCGCGCAAUGAAGGCCAGGAUAUCUUCAUCCUCGCCCGGACCGACGCACUCAUCCAUGGCUGGGACGAAGCGAUUACUCGUGCGAAGGAGUUCAAGCGGAUUGGUGUGGAUGCAGUCUUUGUGGAGGCGUUGCCAGACCGGGAGGCCAUGAAGCGUUGCUCUGAGGAGAUUGGUAUCCCAGUCUUUGCAAAUAUCAUUGAAGGGGGGAAGACAGAGAAUCUCUCUGCGCUGGAGCUGGCGCAGUUGGGAUUCUGUGCAGUUGCAUACCCUUGGACGCUUGUAGCUGCUAAGCUCAAGAGUAUCAGAGAAACUCUGGAUGACUUGAAAAAGAGCAUGACCAUUGGUGCACCACCUAUGAUAUUGGGAUACUCAGAGGUGUGUGAGGGUGUAGGUUUCAACCGAUAUUGGGCUCGUGAAACAAGAUAUGAGUAUGAUGAGAACGGGCUGGUCAAUAAUUUUGAAGACGGAGCUAGGCAGAGCUAG